UUCAUUUUGUUUAUUUUUUAACUUGCUCAUUUUGCCAUUUAUACAUUUAUUUUGAAUAAAUCAUCAGUUAAGUCAUGACAUUUUUAAUUUUUUAAAUCAUAACUACUAAAAUAAAUCAUUCAGUAACAGCUGAUCUGUGGCAUAGAAAGAAAGAGAGAAAGCACACAUCCCGAAAGCUUCCGCUACAGGCCACUGCGCAUCAUCCCUAGCCGUGUGCAUGUGGUGGUGGACUGCAGUGCGUAUGUGUGAUGGACGCAUACGCCAUGUUGUACCGUGCUCAGUUCCAAUCGCUCGCUUGCUGACAGAUGCGGCGCUCUGCUGCUAAUCUGUAUUUAUUCGCCAAAGCGGUGCAGUUAACUGGCUGAGCCAAAACAGCUGGGAGUGCGACUUGUUGUGAAUUUUUUAUAUUUUCGCCAUCACACGGACUCCUUGAUCUCGAACUAAAAAGAUAAUUGAUUACAUUAUAGAUACAGUUAAGAAUGCCCGAUAAGAAAUGCGCUGAAUCAGAACAGAAUGAUUGUGUGAUGCCAGUUCGCUCUGCUAAUCCGAUUCGCGCUAGAAGUUUGAUCCGAGACAAUUUGGAGAAACAGGCUGGUUGUCUAAAUUUAAUCCACUCCAGAAUGCCGAACAUCAAAGUGUUUUCGGGCACCUCGCAUCCCGAUCUGGCCCAGCGGAUCGUCGAUCGCCUGGGCAUCGAUCUCGGCAAGGUGGUGACCAAGAAAUUCAGCAACCUGGAAACCUGUGUGGAAAUUGGGGAAUCGGUGCGCGGCGAGGAUGUGUACAUCGUGCAGUCCGGCUCCGGCGAGAUCAACGAUAACUUGAUGGAGCUGCUGAUCAUGAUCAAUGCGUGCAAAAUCGCCUCAGCCUCUCGUGUUACAGCUGUGAUUCCUUGCUUUCCAUAUGCCCGCCAAGACAAAAAAGACAAGUUGCCGGGCAGUGAGGAUAAUGAGGAAAGCAAGAAACUAGCCAAGAAAAACUACGAUUGGAAAUUUAGGGCCAAUGCACAGAGUCGUGCGCCCAUCUCGGCCAAAUUGGUCGCCAACAUGCUGUCCGUGGCAGGAGCCGAUCACAUCAUAACCAUGGAUCUGCACGCCUCACAGAUUCAGGGCUUCUUUGAUAUACCAGUUGAUAAUCUCUAUGCCGAGCCGGCGGUACUCAAAUGGAUCAAGGAGAACAUUCCCGAGUGGAAGAACUCGAUAAUAGUGUCGCCCGAUGCUGGUGGUGCCAAGCGUGUCACGUCGAUUGCGGAUCGCCUGAAUGUGGAGUUCGCCCUGAUACACAAGGAGCGCAAGAAGGCCAAUGAGGUGGCCUCCAUGGUGCUGGUGGGUGAUGUCAAGGACAAGAUUGCUAUCCUUGUAGAUGAUAUGGCCGAUACAUGCGGCACCAUUGUCCAUGCUGCCGAUCGUCUGGUGGAAGCUGGAGCCACCAAGGUCUAUGCCAUUCUGACGCAUGGCAUUUUCUCGGGUCCGGCGAUUUCGCGGAUCAACAAUGCCUGUUUCGAGGCGGUGGUUGUUACCAACACCAUACCCCAGGAUGGACAUAUGCGGGAUUGCCCCAAGAUCCAGUGCAUUGAUGUCUCGAUGAUGUUCGCCGAGGCCGUUAGACGGACACACAACGGCGAGAGUGUCUCGUAUCUCUUCUCAAAUGUUCCAUACUAAGCCAGGCUAGUCCUGUGAAAGUUUAAUUAAAUCAACAACAACAGCAACAACACCAUUAGCAAGCAACAGCAGCAGCAACAACACAACCUUUACAGCAAUUGCAAUGCAGCAAGAACCACAGAAGCAGCAGCAACAGCAGCAACAAUUUAAAAACACAUAUUUUGCCAUCAUCAUCGUUAUGUAUUUUUUAUGGAUUAACUAUUGUAAUUAAAGCAAAUGCAAACUCAGUAAAUGGGAAAUCGUCAUUAUGUAAUUAUACUAAAUAGGAGUCUAACUAAAUAACACUAAACACCACACAACAAAAAUAAAAGCUAAGUAAACUAAUAGUUAAAGGCUUUGUUCAACUUUUGUUCCAAUGAUUUCCCCAUUCGUUUUGAUUUUAAAAUGAUUUCUGUUAGAAACACGAUAAUUCCCAGUUGAUUGGUGUAUAAAUUGGCCUGCUCUUAGAGAGAAAUUUAGAUUUAUAGAUUAACACAGUAGAUGAUACACCUUUAUACCUACACACACCCAAGCACACCACACACAACUCACUCACAACAAAAAUAUUGUAAUUUUACACUGUGCAACAACUUUUUGAUGAUUCUUAAUUGUAAGUUCAUGAAGAGAAAAGAAAAAAAAAAACGCAAAAUACUUGCAAGUUCAAAACAAAAUCUAGUAAAAUUAAGUAAAAAAAAAAA